UAAAAUGGAAAAUAUUAAAGGAGCUUGAAUUCGAAGUUUAAAUAAAUAUAAUUUGUGAUAAAUACGCCCGGUGGUUAAAUGUGCCCUGAAAUUAAUGUGAUGUCGACUGUGUGUGAUGGCGGGUAAAGAGUUAGUAAGCCAUCAACAGCAGUUUGUUGAAGAAAUUAACUAUGAUGAAAUUGAAACCGAGCAGGUAGUGGGGAAAGGUUCUUUUGGAGUAGUAUGGAAAGGAAAAUGGAGAGGACAAUAUGUUGCUAUAAAAUACAUAAAUUCAGAAGGCGAAAAAAAGGCCUUUACAGUAGAAGUUAGGCAAUUAUCUAGAGUUGUACAUCCUAAUAUUGUAAAACUUUAUGGUGCCUGUACUAAAAAUCCAGUUUGUCUGGUAAUGGAAUAUGCAGAAGGCGGUUCCUUAUAUAAUGUUCUGCAUUGUAAUCCUCAGCCCCGAUAUACUGCAGGUCAUGCAAUGAGUUGGGCUUUACAAUGUGCCCGUGGUGUUGCAUAUCUCCACAAUAUGAAACCAAAACCUCUAAUUCACAGAGAUUUAAAACCACCAAAUUUGUUGUUGGUAAUGGGUGGACAAACACUUAAAAUUUGUGAUUUUGGCACAGCCUGUGAUUUAAAUACCUAUAUGACUAAUAAUAAAGGUUCAGCUGCUUGGAUGGCUCCAGAAGUAUUUGAAGGUUCUAGAUAUACAGAAAAAUGUGAUGUGUUUAGUUGGGGUGUCAUUUUGUGGGAGAUAUUGUCAAGAAAGAAACCUUUUGAUGAAAUUGGUGGUUCAGCAUAUAGAAUAAUGUGGGCUGUACAUGUGGGUCAAAGACCUCCUUUGAUUGAAGGUUGUCCAAAACCAAUUGAAGAUCUUAUGACCAGAUGCUGGCACAAAUCUCCCGAAGAAAGGCCAUCAAUGGACGAAGUUGUAGAAAUAAUGACGACCUUGUCGCAAUUUUUUAGUGAUUAUUUGGAACCUGUGGAGUAUUCUCCAAAUGUUGAAUCUGAGGAAGUAAAUGAAAACCAUAUUUCUAAAGAUGAUACUUUGGACGUGACUGAUAGUAUAAAUUCUGAAAUAAACGGAUAUGCUGCCAACGGUACUAUUAAAGCUAAUGCACCCGUUUCCAAAGAAAAAUCGGAAAUUCUGAAUGGAAAACACGGUUCAUCGAAUCCCUUCUGCAAUUUCAGGGAUCCAGCUUCUAAAACUAAUAUUUCAGCAUCCAAUACAUCUAAUCAAAAAUUCCAGAUUUUUAAUAUCUCCAUAUUUUUUUAUUUAUAAUUGUAGAAUGCUUGGGAAUUGCCUAGUUCUGAUCCUCCAUCUGAAUCUCCUAUAUUAAAGAUAAAGAAUACUGCUCAAAGUAAUAGCACAACCGACAAAGAUUUAGACAAUGUUUAUCGCCUUCUGGAUGCGGAUCUGAGGCCAUUGACGCCCGAUCAAACUUGCGAGAGAUCGAAAGAAAUCUUCGAAGAGCACAAACAGCUUGCGCAAGAAUAUUUAAAGGUUCAAACGGAGAUAGCGUUGUUGGGCCAACACAAAAAUGAGAUGCUUAAAAAUUUGACUAUAGACAGUUUAAGGCAACAAGAGGAACUCAGGAAACUUGAAGAUGAGAAGGAGUCCUUAAUAAAGCUGUAUCGAAAUUUAAAACGCCAGUUAGAAAUUAUGAAGAACCAAAGAAUUAACAAUGCCCUAUUGAGCAAUGCUCAAGUGGGCCCGACAGUUUCCGGAAACAAUGGGUGGUUUGUGGUACCUUGUCAAAAUCCUUCGAGACACUCUUGAAUAUGCCGAUUAGGCAAGUG